GGCUGCACGCCGCUUCGCACGCACGCGCGCUCCUCGCCAACGAACCCGAGGCCUCGAGGCCGCCAAGCCCACAGCGCCUCCUCUCGGCCAUACAGGAUCAUAGAAGCCUUUGAAACUUUUACUGUUUCAAAGAAAACAGAAAAUGCACUGUGAGGCAGAUCCAAUCCAGCAGCCUCACGUGUGUACAGCUUUCCCCCCCUCGACCUUUAGUGUCUGGUGUCACCUGGAAAGAACAGAGGGACUCAGCCUCAAGUACCCCAAUGUGCCAAGCAGAGUUUGAGUUGGCCUGGGCUGCCAUCAAGCAGCUGAAGCGUCCUUUGAGUGACCAGGAGAAACUGCUGGUGUACAGCUUCUACAAACAGGCCACUCAGGGUGACUGCAACAUCCCUGCCCCUCCUGACUCGGAUGUGAAAGCCAAAGCCAAGUGGGAGGCAUGGGACGUGAACAAAGGGAUGUCCAAGACAGAUACCGUGAAGGUCUACAUUGCCAAAGUGGAACAGCUGAAGAAAAAGGAGGCUGAUUAGGGACAGUUUAGCAGGCAGAGGUAGCAUGGCUCCUCUGGUAAGGAAUGGGCUUCUUAAAAGAUCUUAAAGGCUGAAAUGUCCUGAAAGGGUAGUAAGAUUAGCUAAGACAUCAAUAAAGCACUUAAACUGCCUAAGAAUGACUAUGUUGUUGGGAAAGAGAAACUCAGUGACUUGAGAGUCCUAGGGAAGUGUCUAAAUAAAAAAACGAAUCUUGGGCCGGGAAUU